AUGGCCACUGUGAAGGAGAGAGCGGCAGCUUUGAAUCUCUGCCCUAUCUAUAGUCCAGCCAACAAGCCUCCAGGUUUCAGUUUGGCACAAAGGCCAUUUGGCGCCACGUAUGUCUGGAGCAGCAUUAUCAAUGCACUUCAUACCCAAGUUGAAGUGAAAAAGCGGCGUCAAAACCUGAAAUGUUAUGAUGACUGCUUCAUUGGCUCCAAUGCUGUGGAUGUUGUUUAUGCCCACCUUCUCCAGAAGAAAUACUUUGGUGUGGUGGAUAUUUCCCGGACUAAAGUUGUGAGGCUCUGCCAGGCAUUGAUGGACUACAAGGUUUUUGAAGCAGUUUCUACCAGAGUUUUUGGGAAAGAUAAACAGUCUGUGUUUGAAGAUAGUAGCUGCAGCCUCUAUCGGUUUUCAGAUGCUUCAAGCCAAGCAAAUAUCCCCUCUGAGAGUGUGUGUGGCCAUUUUAUACAUCAAAGACAGGAGAAAAAAGCAUUACUUACUAGCACACCAGUGAAAUCUGAAAGCUUGGAGAAUCUCUUGGAAAACUUGAGUCUAAGGCCUGUCAGUUCCCCUCAAGUAAACAACUUUUCAAGUCUGUCUCGCCAAGUUAUUAAUGAAGUCUGGAGAGAGCAAACAAUUGCCCGCCUGCUGCAGCUUAUCGAUCUUCCACUUCUGGACUCUUUGCUUGAGUAUGGAGAUACGGCUGAAAGAUUUCCUCAAGCCCAGCAGGAGAAUAAACAUAGAGUCACAAGCAAUUACCUGGACAGAGAGAUUCUGAAAGCUUUUGGUGACUCUCAAACAGAUGAAUGGCUGUCAGCGGCAAUCGACUGUUUGGAUUAUCUGCCCGAUCAGAUGGUGGUUGAUGUUAGCCGAAGUUUGCCUGAUAGGCCUGACAUGGUACAUGUGGGGAAACUGCUCCUCUUUGAUACCAUUGGUAGAUACUACAGUCAAAAGAAGGAACCACUCUUAAGUCAUGCCCCUGAUAUCCAUCUGGGAAUUGCAGAACAGCUAGUGAAUGGAAAGACUGACCAGGCCCUGGAAGCAGUUCAGCUCUACUUGAAGUUGUUGGACAGCUCAACGAGAGAAGAGUUCAGGAGGCUGCUGUAUUUCAUGGCUGUUGUAACUCAGAAUUCUGAGCUAAAGCUGCAAAAAGAGACUGACAACCGGAUGGUUGUGAAAAGACUUUUCUCUAAAGCCAUAGUGAACAAUAAAAUGCUGUCUAAAGGAAAAACGGACCUUCUGGUUUUGUUUUUGGUUGACUAUCAAAAAGAUGUCUUAAAGAUCCCAGGGACACUGCAUAAGAUGGUUAGUGACAAGCUUGUGGGUCUACAGCAAGGGAAAGAUUCCAGCUCGUGUUCAGGAUAUACCUUCUGCCAGAGGCUUGAUGAAAGUGAGUAUCGCUACUGUGCCCAGAAGACUACAAAUGAUGAACUCUUAACUUUACUAAAAUCUAUCGAUGAAGACAUGAGUCUCUCUGCUAAGAAGAGGAAAAAAAUGCUAAAUCAGUUCCAUGUUACUAAUCCAGCAAUAUUUUUGCAGUAUUUUGGUGACAGAGCUACAGAUGGGGCUAUGUAA